AAAUCUUUUCAUAUUGAAAAAUAAGCAGAAAACGGAUCUUUACUGUUGCAGUGUUACUCAAUCAACCAAAAAUUUUAAUCAAUUUUACUUUUUUCUCUUUGCAUAUUUUUGCUUAUUAAUCUCUGAGUGACUCAGUUUUGCAAUCGGUAUCUCUUUUAAUGGCAUCCACCAGUAAAGUGGAGCCAUCUGGAGAAUACGAAGAGGAGGAGCUCGAACGAUUUGAUGAUUUUACACUCGCAUCUUCAUGGGAAAGGUUUAUAUCAGAAGUAGAGGCAGUUUGUCGGAAAUGGCUAGCUGAUGGUCCAAAGAAUUUAUUGAAAAAAGGUGCAGUGCAGUUGGAGUUCUCACAGGACCUAUAUAAGGUCAAAUCUGAGCUGAAAUAUGCUAUGAAAAGCUAUAGCAUGGAUUAUUAUUUUCAAUUGGACAAUAGUGGUGAAAUAGCAGAUUGGGAUUGCACCUUGCAUGAUUUGCAGUUGUGCUUUGGUGUAAAGGGAUUUCUGGUGAUUGCUCCUCAGAGUGCCAGUGGUGUAGUUCUAGAUGCACCCGAGGCUAGUAAGCUCCUAAGUGCAGUUGCAAUUGCUUUGUCAAAUUGUUCCAGCUUGUGGCCAGCAUUUGUUCCAGUUCAUGCUCCCUCUCGAAAAGCUUAUAUUGGAAUUCAAAAUAUGGGAACUGUUUUCACUAGAAGGUUCGAAGCAGAUCUUAUUGGUAGCCAAGUUCCUAUAAAGCUUAUGCAUUUGGAAGGCUUAUACGAGUUAUUUGUUUCCAAGUUUGCUUAUUCCACACUGGAAUAUACAGCACGCCUUUUCAAAGUUCAUUUCACAAUGAAAUCGACAUACAAAACCAUUCUCAGUGACGAUGAUGAUGAAAUCAAGAGUUCUGCUGCGGAAACUGAAGAAUCUCUGAGAAAUCAUGGUGGUGAUGCUGACACCCGCAAUGGUUCACAAUGGGAUGAUGAUUGUCCUUGGAGUGAGUGGUAUUCUGCAGAGGACCCAGUAAAAGGAGCUGAAUUAAUUGCCUCAUGGUCAGAGAAGUUGGUUGAAAGUUCUCUUGAAAUGGCUGAGUUAGAAAAUGCUUCACCUCAUGAAGCUGAAAUGUGGACGAUGCUUCCAAUCUUGUCGCCAAAUCUUGAUAGUUCUGAAGGAAACAGAAUUGGAUUUGCCUCUCAAUUGCACCUUUUGGUAAUUGCACUGGAUAUGUCUUUUGCCGCUCAAUUCAUGGAGGAUUUUGCUUCAGCAGUUGAGAAUCCAGGCUCUGAAAAGCUCAAGUCGUCAAUGGUUGUACCCCCACCCACGGUAAUGGAUCGCGUGCUCAAAGAUCUUUUUCAUGAGGGAUCUCGACUCCCAGAUCUUGCUGCAGGUGAGCACAAGAAUUCUAGAGCUGUUAAAGGUGCACCUCUGGGAUCUCUUUUUGCUCAGUUUUGCCUACACUCUCUAUGGAUUGGGAACUGCAACAUACGCGCUAUUGCUGUGCUCUGGAUAGAAUUUAUUCGAGAGGUCCGUUGGUGUUGGGAGGAGUCACAACCGUUGCCUAAAAUGCCUAUCAGUGGUUCAGUUGACCUGUCAACCUGUUUGAUUCACCAGAAAUUGCAAAUGCUUGCUAUCUGCAUUGAGAAGAAGUGUGAAAUGAACGAAGACUUUCAAGAUUGUAUAGACAGCAACGAUCAUGCUUAUGUUGAUACUAAGGGAGAUAAUCUAGUACGGACUGCAGCAACUGAAAUGCAGUUACCCAGUAAAGAGAUUAAUGGGAUUCGUGACAGCCCCUUGAUACAGGAUGGCUUGCAUAUGUCUGAACCACAACCACGGACAUCAGAAUCUAUCAUGAACCAUCAAAAUGCAUUGUACAGUGAUCAAAAAGCUUCAGAUCGUUCCAGGAGAGGCUCGGCUGGUGUGGUUGGAACCAUAAUGCUUCUGAACUCAUGUCAGAGCAUGCAUGCUCCUUUCACACAGGAUCCACCACUCAUGACAGAAGACAUGCAUGAAGAACGAAUGCAGGCUGUUGAAGUCUUUGGCAAUUCUUUUAACUUUUCUGCUCAAUUGGAGAGAGACAUCUUAUCAUCAGACAUGUCAGCAUUUAAAGCAGCAAAUCCUGGUGCUGUUUUUGAGGAUUUUAUCCGAUGGCAUUCCCCAGGAGAUUGGGAGGAUGAUGAGACUGCAGAAAAUGGACCAUCUAAGAGUUCUGCAGAUGCUUUGAAGAAUAAUUGGCCUCCUCAAGGACGACUUUCGCAACGUAUGUCUGAGCAUGGAAACUUAUGGCGAAAAAUCUGGAAUGAAGUACCUGCUUUGCCAGUUUAUGAGCAAAAACCAUUUUUGGACCCAAAACGAGAAGGGGAGAAGAUCCUUCAUUACUUGGAGACAUUGCAACCACAUCAACUGCUAGAGCAAAUGAUUUGUACUGCCUUCAGGGCAUCAGCUGACACAUUGAAUCAGACUAGUUUUGGAGGAUUGAAGCCGAUGACAACAAAAAUGGAACAACUCUACCGUACUAUGGCUUCUAUGUUGAAGCGUCUGCAAACAAAUACUAUAUCUGGAAACAGUGAGACUAUUGAAGACUUAAAACGGUUGUGUGACAUCUUUGAGCAUGUUGAGAAGUUGCUUACACUUGCUGCCUCUCUUCACCGUAAGUUCAUGCAAGCUCCACGCCUCUUUGAGGAAAUCUUCGUCGAGUACUAUAACUUUUAUGCUCCAAGAAUGGGAACAGGCUCAGUGGAUGUCAAUCAAAAGGAGUUUGGUAUGAAGCUAAAAAUAAGGACGCACGAGAGACAGGCUGUAUCGAAUAUGUUUGUGCAACCAACUGCGAAUCAGUCAUGGCGAAAAGUAUUAAGCAUGGGUAAUCUACUCAACGGCCAUGAGCCAAUUGUGAGAGAAAUAAUAUUUUCGAUGCAUGAUAGCUUGAGUAACCAUCAUUACGCUGCUCAAACUCCCAAAGGCAUUGAACAAGACAUAGAGACGUAUAGAAUGUAUAUAUGUGGAACCUCUAAUGAUCUCCGUGUAGCUCUUUCCGUAACCUCAUGUGAUUAAUCUCUUCAGCGAUUUAUAUUUAGUACUUUGCGCUUGUAUCAUUCAACUUCAUCAUUUUCUAAAUAAUGUUGUUGAAUGUUUAGGCAUAAUUGCUGCUCUAUUGGGUGCCUGAAACCUCAUGGAAACCCGUGAAUAGGUGCUAUAAUGAAGCAUAUUGUAUAGAACUCCAUUGAUGUUGCUUCGAAAUGAAGUUAAGAUUAUGUUGCUUGUGGAUGAUAAAUUUAUAAUAGUUAUAAUUUUUUUUUAUUUAUAA